AUCCAAGCAAUGAUCAACUGAACGAAGACGGAGGAAUUGAAACAAAUGUGACAAGGGAGAAGAAACAAAAUGACCGUCGAAGAAUCACCGAAAUCGCGGAGGCCUUCCAGCGGAACAGGAAACGAAAACACUGAGCUAAAAAGCAGUCAGGUAAAACCAAAGACCGGAUGUUUCCGUAUAAACCCUGGAUCAAAAGACGGUCAACGAGUAUACUUGAUCCAGAUGAUUUUACUGCCAUUUAUACCGAUAGCCGCGCUUAUAGCCCAAAGUUGUCACAGCAUGGCGACGGCGGUAAAAGUUCUUCACAGAGCGGAAAACGUCGAACAACAGAUCGGUAUUACAGUUGAAAUCGGACGUUUGUUAACCGCGUUUCAACAGGAACGAACGCAAAGUGCUAUUUAUAUAUUUACCGGUGAGAACAGAACGGCACUGAACAACGCUUACGCAAAUACGGACGAGCUGCUGAGGGAUGCAAAUUGGACUUCUUGGAACGAAGAUUCGUCGUCCGGCAUCCGUUUUCACUUGACGAAUUUCAGCAAAGUGCGACGUGACGUUUUAAUUACAAGAACAGUGUGCGGAAACCUGACGCAGGAAUGUGACAACGGGGCGGCCGUUGAAGGCAUGACGAGAUGGUACGUAAGAGCGAAUCACCAAAUGCUGGAGCGAAUCUCAGAACGCAUAGGAAGCACGGCGACGGGAAAUGUCUGGAGAUUGCUGAUAGCGUACAAGUACAUAAUGAGAAGCGUGGAACACGUGACGAUAUCCGUGAUAUUCGGAUUGCAAAAGUACACCGAGGGACAGCUCAGCAAUCAAGGAUUAACUUCGUACGUCGAACACGAUACUCUGGCUCGCGAGUAUUUCGAGGCGAUUCACCAUUUUGCCCCGGGGCUUUUGCCUCUCGCAGACGACGAAGCUGGCGGUAUUAAACGGGAGGUUGAUCGUCGACGCGAGGAAAUUUCGUCAAAUGUGAAAAGCGCGAGUAACAUGAUGUUACUGAACUCCUACUACAUCGAAAUGAACGAAUACGUGGAAGUUCUCCGGAGUUACGGAACCGAAUUGCAACACCUGAUUCGCACUGGGUCUAUUUUUGCUCGUAGGCAGCACCUUUUCAAAGAAAUGAGGUCUGCGUCUAACCAGCAGGGUGUAGUCAUCGCGAUCCUAGCGCUGGUCCUGAUUAUCUCACCAGUGAUAAUCCUGCUCAUCGGAAACGCGGCUCUAACGAUUCAAUACUUUGCGGGAUCCCUCGUCUCGAGGACUCAGGAACUGAGAAGGGAAAAGGGAAAGAGCGAUCGUUUGCUCUUUCAAAUGCUGCCGCCGACCGUCGUCAAACAGCUCAAACAACAGAAGCAGGUGCCGGCGGAGGACUUUGAAUCCGUGACGAUAUACUUCAGCGACAUCGUCGGCUUCACCGACCUCAGCUCCAACAGCACGCCGAUGGAGAUCGUCAACAUGCUCAACACUCUCUACAGGCUCUUCGAUUCCCGGAUCCAAAAAUACGACGUCUACAAGGUCGAGACGAUCGGCGACGCGUACAUGGUCGUCAGCGGAUUGCCGCAGAGAAACGGGUCUAAGCACGUUGGUGAGAUAGCGACAAUGUCGCUCGAUCUUUUGUCUGGAAUACGAUGCUACACUAUACCGCAUCGCCAAGGAGAGAGGCUCGAAAUUCGAAUAGGAGUGAACACAGGCCCCUGCGUCGCUGGGGUUGUCGGCACAACGAUGCCACGAUACUGUCUCUUCGGGGAUACGAUUAACACUGCGAGUAGGAUGGAAUCGACAGGAGAAGCGAUGAAGAUCCAAGUAUCGCAAAACACAAAAGAUGCACUCGACGAUUUAGGAGGCUACAUUACAGAGUUGAGAGGAAGUAUGGAAGUUAAAGGUAAAGGAAUGAUGAACACCUACUGGCUUACGGGAAAAGAAGAGGAGCUACCUCCGCCUGUCGACCAAGUGGAAAGCAUUUUUACGCUGUGUUCGUUCAUAGAGCCAGAAUUUUUGCAGAUUAUAAACGAAAUGGACGAUACUCCAUUCUCAAUGUUGUAGAGCCAAGAGAAUGAACCGUCGCCGUACAGAACGGAGCAUAGUUCAGAGGCUUACAGUAUACAGAUGAACGUGUAUUUGAAAUUUCGAUUCAGUGAAUCUCUGGUUACGUCAAACAAAUCGACCACCAUUUAAUUUUACAGAAAUGUAGCUUUGAAUAUCGAUUAUAUAAAAGUGAAAUAUAGAAGGCGUGUAUCUGUUGGAUAUCAAUUUUUAAAAGAAAAAAACGGAUGCAGCUAACGCGUUGAAAUGAUAAAUAUGUGCAAUUUACAUAUCAGUAGAUAUUGAAUUAUCUGUCCUGUCGCUAUACGUUCUCAGUGUUAUCGUUGUCCAAUUAGAACGUAUCAUUAUAGUGGUACAAAAAUGAACGAAGAUGUGUGUCAAUUAAUGUAUCGUAUCGAUUAAGUAAAUUGGUUAGUCUUAAUUAUAGAUGGUGCAUUACUGAAUAUAUUGAAUUAAGAUUUAAUAUUCAGACGUAAAUAUUGGAAAAGUAUUUUACUGGUUGGGAUCAAUAAUGUAGGAAGGAUGUACGUACAAGAAAAUAUAAUUUGGAAAUAUGAAAUAACUGUAAGUUCAGUAAACAAACGCGUAAACAUGCUAUAUUAUAAGGGAGAAAUAUACGUU